UUAGCUGCUAGUCGUAUGCAACAGUGGGCAUUGUUGCCUUCCGCGCACACAUAUGAAAUCAAAUAUCGGAAAUCCACUCUGCACGGCAAUGCGGAUGGUCUCUUAAGGCUGCCUUUGCCAGUCAACCGUCAAGAUAUUGCCCAGAAGGAAAUCUUUCUCUUUGAACAGGUAGAGAAUACACCCAUCACCGCUAUUCAGGUAAAGAAGGCAACUCGAGUUGACCCAAUAUUGUCCCAGGUUAUGGACCUGGUGAUGAAUGGAACAUCUCGACGAACCUCUCUGGUCUCACGUGACCUUGUUACCUACAUGUCCAGGAGGACGGAGUUAUCAAUCCAAUCUGGUUAUUUGUUGUGGGGAAGACAUGUUAUUAUCCCACCACCACUGAGAUCACAGAUGUUAGAACAGCUCCAUUCCGGUCACUGUGGAAUAGUGCGCAUGAAGGAAAUUGCACAAAGCUAUUUUUGGUGGCCUGGGUUGGACAGUGCUAUUGAAAAGAAGGCAAGAGCUUGUAUGUCAUGUCAGGGUGUGAGGAAUGCACCCCAGUGGGCACCCCUACAUCCAUGGGACUGGCCUGAAAACCCGUGGCAACGUAUUCACGUUGACUUCGCUGACCCCCUUGAAGGAAGCAUGUUCUUGGUGGUGGUAGAUGCCCAUUCUAAAUGGCCAGAAGUCUCAAUAAUGCAGUCCACUACUGCAGAGAGUACUAUCCAAAAACUACGAGGACUCUUUAGUCGUUUCGGUCUGCCAGAACAACUUGUGAGUGACAAUGGACUGCAGUUCGUCUCUCAGGAGUUUCAAAAGUUUAUGAAGGCAAAUGGGAUACACCACAUCACUUCAGCACCAUAUCAUCCAUCCACCAAUGGAUUAGCUGAAAGAUUUGUGCAGACAAUGAAACAAGCUUUGAAAUCAGCAAGGGGACAAUUAUCCAUUCAAAAGCGUCUGGACACCUUCUUACUAUCCUACAGAAACACACCUCAUGCUACGACCAAGGCAUCCCCGGCCUUUCUAAUGAUGGGACGACAGCUGUGCACUUGCUUUGAUCUGCUGAAACCUUCUGAACCCCAACAAAUUGUGCAACGUCAGCAGCAAGAUCAAGUUAUCAGGCAUGCACUCAGAGCAAAAGACCAAACCUUUAGCCCGGGACAACGAGUUUUGGCUCGGAAUUAUACUUCUGGAGCUAAAUGGGUCCCUGCCGCUGUCAUCGCUCAAACGGGACCUGUUUCCUACACAGUCCAGACUUCAGAGGAUCUCUCCUGGCAGCGACAUGUAGAUCAGCUGCUGCCAGGUCAUACCAGUCCUCAGGACACAUCUUCAGUUGAGCUGCCUGACUUCACCACCUCCGGCGAGACACCAAAUCAAGAGUCACCUGUUCCUGACAUUUCCCCUCCAUUACUGCCAGCGGCAGAGAUACCCCUCUGCCCGGCAUGAGCUGAUACCCCAUCCUCACCCCUUCACCCUACAAACCCUGCGUCCAUUGUCAGGCCCGCGCCCAAGACACUUUCAGAUGCAACAACACCAGAAGUCCGCCAUAAUCCACCUAAAGACAGAAGGCCUCCUCGUUGGCUGGAUCUUUAGCUAGGGCGAACCCAUGGUUACAGGGCAAAAUAAUCCCUGGGGUUUAGCCGGGAAUGGAGGCAGUCUAGCCUCCUUCUCUAGUUAGUGUUUGUUUCAUUUUGGGGACAUUCUUAUUAAGGGGGGAGGAAUAUGUUGUGUAUUUGGUUUUUGUGGUAAUAGAAUCUUGUGUUGCUUUGGCAAUUGAGUUAGAUUAUUAGGGGAUAGUCCAGCCUGUUUUGGCUGGCUGUUGGUUAGUUCUGUGUGUAGCAAUAAAUGGCUGCUCCAAGGUUUACAGCUCUCUGUGUCUCCAGUGAUUUCUUCCUAAAACGUUGCCCCCAAGGAUAUAACAGAAACUGUUGGUUUUUUCAGUUGUACCUGCAUACAUUGGUGCAGCU